AUGCCCACCACCUUAACAGCUUCAGUAGACUUUAUUUCUCAAGCAAUUAACAAUCACAACUUUCCAAAUGCUAGUAUACCGCUACUUGCUGGAGUCUCGGGGCCCCAGGGUUCUGGCAAAUCAUAUCUCACCGAGCAUUUGACUUUGGAAUUACAACGGAAAUUUCCACAACUCAACAUCAUCCAAUUUUCAAUUGACGAUUUUUACCUUAAGCGAGCUGAGCAGGCAAAGAUUACAGAACAAGCGUUGAAAGAUAAUAAUAUACUAUUGCAAGGACGUGGAUUACCAGGCACCCAUGACCUUCUGCUUUUGAAUCAAGUUUUGACUGAUCUUGUAACUAACUACAACAAUGGCAAAUGGGAACCAGUUCAGAUCCCAGUUUACGAUAAAUCGGCAUAUGGCGGAUUGGGUGAUAGAGUUUCAAGCGACCAAUUUCAAACUAUCAAUAGCCCAGCUGAUGUUAUAAUUUGUGAAGGGUGGUUCAAUGGAUACUUGCCAUGGGAUGAUAAUCAAAUUAGACUAAGAUAUCUAAUGUCACCUCCAGAUUCUAUUGUACAAAGGCACAAAUUGUAUCAGAUUCAAGAUAUGAAUACGAAGUUACUUGAAUAUGUGCCUAUUUGGAACAAGUUUCAGUUCUUUAUAAUUAUCAAGACCAACCCAAUUGAGAAUGUGUACAAAUGGAGGUUGCAACAAGAGCAUCAUUUGAUCAGUACAAAAGGAAUAGGUAUGACUGACGAGCAAGUAUAUAGGUUUGUCGAUCGGUACAUGCCGAUAUAUAAACUCUAUUACCAGAGAUUGUGUGAGGAUGGAUUAUCAACUGCAGAAUGCUUGGUUUUGACAAUCGAUAGCAGCAGAAACUUGCAAGCAACUCUUAAACAGAGUAGACUUGAAUAG